AUGACAGAGGUUGAACCGCCCCCGAUUGGGGAUAUAAAACGUCCAGAGGAGGUUGUCGCAAUGGCUAUGAACGACAACCUCAAAUUCGCUCUUUUGAUAGGUUUGAUUGAAGUUGGGCAAGUCUCCAACAGGGAAGUUGUAAAUACUGUCCUGCAUUUGAAAAUUUAUAUAUUAGCCAUGAAUUAUGAUUACAAUUAUCAGAAACGGUAA